AUGGAGCUGGACACAGGAUCAUAUUUUACGAUCAUGUCCUGGCAGACCAUUAAGAAAUUGAACCCGACAGCCAGCAAGAAGUUCCUCAAACUACCAAAUGUCCGGCUCAAUGACUACCAGGGGAACCAGAUCCAAGUCCUAGGAAGAGCCGAGGUGGCGCAGUGGUUAGAGUGCAGUAUUGCAGCCACUUCAGAGUCAUUGCCGUCCUUACUGGGAGUGGAAUGGUUCAAGCCCCUGGGGCUAGACAUCGCCGGCCUGCAUCGAAUCUCAACCCAUGACCUGGAUUGGCUACUGGCAGAGUUUGCAGAUGUCUUUGAUGGGGGCCUAGAAUGCAACUACAGCCAGAUCGACAAGGAAGCCUUGGCUGCAGUUGCAGGGAUCAAGAGAUUCCAUGAGAACCCCCUGGAUUCCGCUCGACCAAUCCGGGAGUUCAACAUAAAUGACCAGGUAUUUGCCCACAACUAUGCCGGGUACCUGACUUGGCUGGCGGGUCGAAUUGUGGCUGUCACUGGGCUGAAAUCAUACCAAGUGGAGCUAGAGCCCCUGCUGAGUUCUCAGUGUGUGGAUAGCUGCCUACCUGGGUUUGUCAGGCUGCUGGACCCCAUGAAGCCAGUUUGCUGUUACCAUUGUGUUCCUUGUGCAGAAGGGACCAUCUCCACUCAGGAAGAUGCUGAACAGUGUGUGAGAUGCCCUGAGGAUCAGCACCCCAACAAGGACCGAGAUCAGUGUGUUCCUAAGGUGAUAGUCUUCCUAUCCUACACAGAAGAUUUGGGGAUCAUCCUUACUUCCUUUGCUUUACUUUUCUCUUUGAACACCGGCUUUGUUUUAAGCAUCUUUGUUAAGCACAUGGAAACUCCCGUAGUCAAAGCCAACAACCGGGACCUCUCCUACCUGCUCCUCAUUUCCCUCCUGCUUUCCUUUCUGUCUUCCUUCCUCUUCAUUGGGCAGCCAAGGAAAACUAGCUGCCUUCUGCAACAAGCAGCCUUCAGCAUCAUUUUCUCAGUGGCUGUCUCUUCUCUCUUGGCCAAAACCAUCAUGGUGGUGCUGGCCUUCCUAGCCACCAAGCCAGGGAAUAGUGUGAGGAAAUGGCUGGGGAAGCUUUUGGGUAACUCUAUUGUCUUUUCUUGCUCUGUUGUCCAAGUUCUGAUCUGCAGUAUCUGGUUGGGUACUGCUCCCCCAUUCCCAGAUUCGGAUAUGGAUUCCCAGGCAGGAGAGAUUGUCCUGAAGUGCAAUGAAGGGUCAGUCACCAUGUUUUAUGUUGCACUUUGCUAUAUGAGCUUCCUGGCAGCUGUCUGCUUGUUGGUAGCUUUCCUGGCUCGGAGGCUGCCUGGGGCCUUCAAUGAAGCCAAGCUGAUCACCUUCAGCAUGCUGGUCUUCUGCAGCGUUUGGAUCUCCUUUGUACCCACUUACCUCAGCACCAAGGGCAAGUACAUGGUAGCUGUGCAGGUCUUCUCCAUCUUGGCCUCCAGUGCUGGACUGCUUGGUUGCAUCUUUUUCCCCAAGUGCUACAUUAUUGUUUUUCGACCUGAUCUCAAUAAAAAGGAGCAGCUGAUUUUGAAAAGCAAAACAGAAUUUUGA